AUGGCAGUUUUCUGUCGCAAUCGAAGGUCAGACUCUUUCUUGCUUCUGAUUGGGCCGGAUGCUUUUGAGCCCGCCCUCCUCCCGCUCCACGUGGCCUAUCGCUGCUCUGAGCGCUCCUCCCGCCUGCCACUCAACCCAGCCUCAGCCAAUCAGGUGCUUUUGUCCUUUUCACAUACGCUCGCCGGGCAGCUAGCGCUACUUUCCAACAUGUCGGCUACCCCUGUGUUCCCCAUGUGUGUGCGAGCGAGCCGGGCCCUCCUGCGGCUCCGGAGCGGGGCGGUGGGUGCCUCCUCCCCGGCUGCGGUGGAUAUGAUCCGGACACUCUCCACGGAUAAGCCGCCGGCCGGAGCGGGCGGUGCGACGGGCGGACUGGCUCAGGCUAUCCUCCAGGAGCGGCUCCAGCAGCAGCAGCAGAGUCAGGGGCAGCCUCCUCCUGAGGGAGGCGAGGGCGAGAAGGAGGGAGGACAAGAGGACAAGAAGCAGAAGGAGAACACGGCCUACGCCAAGAAGAUGGUGCUGCGGCUGGCGGGACUCAUGGGACUCGGCGGAGCGGUCGGCAUGGUCUACGUGUUCGGCACCAAUUCAGUGGACGAGCAAGGAAACGUGGUCGGAGAUCCUCUUCCUGUUGUACAGGACGCCCUGAAGGACACACUUCACAGGCGGCCGUGGCGUGUGUCUGCUGUCUGA